UCUCUUGCUAACAGUCACAGCAAACUUAAGCAAAGACAAGUUUAAACAUGGCAGCUCCUUUAAGAAAAUCAAUACUAUUCCAGCCACAUCCACUAGAUACUCGUUAUCUUAUUGAGGUAGUUGAUUUACUAAGGAGGCAAGGAUAUUCUGGUGUUGAUUAUUAUGAUCUUGGUAUUAGUCUGGGUCUGUCGCCUGACACACUUGAUGAUAUUAAGGAAAAGGACAAAGGAAAUGCUCGUUUAUGUCUAAUAGAGUGCUUGAGGGCAUGGUUGGAACAAAAAGAUAAUGUAAAGAGUAAAGGUGCCCCAACUUAUGAGACAUUAAUACAAGCACUGAGGGAGAUAGGUCAGAAUGAUGUAGCUGAUGGGCUGGAAAGAAAUUUUCAAGUACCACCUAUUACUCCUAAACCUAUUAGUACUGAAGACACUCCAGCUGCUGACAGGAUACCAGACACUCAAAAUCCACUCACAGAAAGUAAAAUAGAUAAAUGGCUGGAAGAAGGUAAAAUUGUGCUAGAAAUCACUCGUAUCAAUAUGCAUGGUGCACCUGGUGCUGGUAAAACAUGUUCACUACACCUUCUACUUAAUGAGCCACCACCAUCUUCUACUGAUAGUACACCAAUAGCUUGUCCUGCUGUUCAAGCAACAAGAAUAUCCAUUGGUAAUAACAAGUGGGAGAGGGUUGAAGAAGAAGAUUUACUUAACCAGCUUGCAUCUGAUUUAAAAGUAGCACCAAAUGAAACGAAACAUGAAAAAACAUCUACAAAAAUUAAUGAAGCACAAAUGUCAUCUGAUCAUUCAGGUGAACCAUCACUGGAAGAACCAACCGGCAUGGAAGUAAUUAAAGAUAUUUCAGAUGCUCUUGAAAAAGGAAAUGCUAAAAAUUUAAGCACAAAUUGGGUUUAUUUUAUUGAUUCCGGUGGUCAACCAGCAUAUCGAGAGUUGCUACCUCUUUUUACAAGAGCAGCUGCACUGAAUAUUAUCACCAUUGAUCUUACCAAAGGUCUUGAUGACAAGUGUGAGUUUCAAUAUCGUAUUAGUCAGCAUAUGUCUCCUAUUAAAACAGACCUGAAAUAUUCAAAUCGUGGUAUAAUCUAAUCAACAAUUAGCUCCGAAGCUAUGUUUAAUCCAAUUGAAAUUCCUUAUGUCUCUAAGUCUGAUAUGCCCAAGCACUCGCAUUAUCUUAUACUUGGUACACGUGUAGAUGUACUAGGUGAUGAGUCAGCAACUGAGAAAAAGUUAAGAGAAAUGAAUGAAAGUUUAAUAGAGUGUAAAGCAAAUAAAAAAGUCAUUCCUCGUAAUAAGCGUGAAAUUAUAUUUCCAGUUAAUACGUUGCUCCCUGCUGGGUCUAAGGAAAGGGAAGGAGCUAGUGAAAGUCUUUGUGAUGCAGUUUCAAAUUGCAAAGUUGCCAUGGUGGCUAAGCUACCAGUUCGUUUAUUCACUUUUGAGAUUGCACUACAAAGGGAAGCUAAGAAGAAAAAACGGAGUUUCCUUACACGACAUGAAGUGAUUCAAAUUGGUAAGUCUCUCCGACUUGAUAAAGAAUCAGAAUCAGAUAUUGAUGAAGCUGUGCGAUAUCUACAUGAUGUCACUAUCAUUCUUUAUUAUCAUGAGGUUCUGCCAAAUAUAAUAUUUGUUGAUCCUAAACCAAUUCUUGACACCUUUUCACAUCUAAUAGCUAUCACAUACGUUGACCAUGAUAAAUUAAAUUUGAUUGCCAAUCCAUCUCCUUCACCAGAGGAAAGACAUAGUCUCAUUAAUUUUGGCCUUUUUAAAGAAAGUCUUUUAGCAAUUAUUGGCGAAAAAAUUUUUAAUGAAGAUUUUCAACCAUCUCACAUGAUUACUCUUUUAUUGCAUCUCCACAUCAUUGCUAAAGUGGAAAAAAGAGAAGACUAUUUUUUCCCGUGUGCACUACCAUCUCAUGGCUUGCUCAAUGACCCACCAACAGAAAUACGGCCACUUCUCAUAGCAUGGGAGAUUGACGAAACAACUCUAGCAAUUCCUCAAGGAUUAUUUCCUUUAACCAUUGUACACCUUUUA